AUGUACAACCCAAGCAAGCAUACUAUCAAAAGAAGACAGAGAACAGCUGUACCUCAGUUCUUACUGGAUUACUUUUCUGAAGAUGUUCCAAUAAGUGGUUUAAAUUAUAUUCCCACUGAAAACCCAUCUGUUCCUGAGGCGGAAUUUAGUAGUCCUCGCCUAAAGUAUACAUAUACGUGCAAGAAGAGAGCAAGAACCAUGGCUGUAUCCCCCAUAGAAACGCCUUCUGAGAACAUUGCUGCUUCUCAGACUGACUUGGAUGUCAAAAUUGAUUUCAAUACAUAUGAAGCUAGUCAGACCCAGAAAAGAAGCCUCUACAACAAAUGCAAGGAUGGCUGUCUGGAUAAGAAGGUUAUUGCUCCUUUGUCUCAUUUCCUUUGUUCUUGCACAACGUUCUCUAAGAAAAACAUCUACAUGUUUUUUUUGCAUUUCUCAGAAACAUUUGAGAUUGUUUUUUGCGGAUGCAAGUCCAUUCCUGAGCAGUUGGUUGAGAUGGGUAUGCUCCCUGCUUCCCUCAACAAUGUCCAAUAUGCAAUUCAUUUCGGACUUCUUGAGUUUAUGAGAGACAUGCGAGAUGUUCUUACCACCUCUGGCCAGGGCUUGGCCGAUCUGUACAAUAAGAUCAAUCUGGGUGCUGAGAGACAGAUCUCAAAUGCAUAUUGCCAAAAUCUUCUGCAUGUCUUCAUCAGGCUUACGAUAAUUGUUGAGGCCAAGGUAGAGAAGCAUUUGCCUGGAUUUUGGGAAUCCAACUGUUGCCCUGCUUGUCCAGAUGUUGACAGCAAUCACUGGAAAAAUAAAAAAAAUACUAUAGCUUUAAGUAACGAGAAAGCUAUACACAAUAUGUUUCCCUCUACCCAAAUCCACACCUUAGACUGUCACUGCAUUAAAUGUCACAACAGUCAUCAGAAAUCUUCUUAUGCUGCAAAGCGUACUGAGACUCGUCGUAAUAAGAGAGCUAGAGUUGAAGCCGCAAUGAGAAACAUGGAUGUAGAUACUGAGGUGAUCCCGACCUCUCGUUCCGAUUCUGUGGAAGCAAUGGACGGUCAGGCCAACUCACCUUUUUUGGAUGCCGCCUCAAUGUUUGACAAUGACAGAGACGACAAUGAUUUCGAUGACAAUGUUGAAGAUGAAGUCAAUGAGAUCGAGAUCGAGGACUUCAACAGUGAAGACCCUUUUGCUGCUCCUGAUAUGCCCAAAAAUGAAGUCCAUCAAUUCAUAGCCAUCUUUACGGUACUGUUUGCUUCACGUCAUGUUGUUGAUAAGGGUGCUGCUGUCUUGAUUGAGUUUAUCAACAACCUGCUGAGAAUCUACGACCAAGAUUUUCAAUUACCAACCAGUCUUGCCGGUUUACAAAAAAUGACAGGAUUUUCUGCUAUUACAAAAGGCAUCAAGAAAUUUGUGGUAUGCCAAGACUGUCAUACAGUAUAUCAGGAUAUCGUAUCUGCUCCUCCUCGAUGUGUUUCCUCAAAACUUGGUGCCAGGUCUGCAUGCAACUGUAAUUUGACGAAAUCCAUAUCUUCUGGUGCCUUGGUUGCAAAGCGUGAAUAUGUCUACCAAUCCAUUAAAAAUACAUUGAGCGUUUUCUUCCGUCGCCCUAGUUUCGAAGCCAAGAUUCUACGUGGAACGAUCAUUGAUCCCAUGCAUAAUCUUUUCCUGGGGACGUCUAAGAGAUUAAUGGAUCGGUGGAUUGAUGAGAAGACAAUUGGACCUGAAGAGUUUGCUUCGAUGGAGAAAAUUGCAGAGACAAUGGUACAGUGGUCCCUCGAUAAUUUCACGCCCCUUUAA